CUCAGAUGCAAGCAGAUAGAAGUCGUUUUCUCUCUUCUCUUGCAUUCACACCGACUUUCGAGGAUCAUUACUUGCUGAAUACUUAGCUUUGCUUUCAACAUUUUAUCCUUUUCUCCAGUUGUUGGAAGAAGUUUCUCAACAUUGACGAUUGGGACAAGGCAUCUUCUAAUCAUCACCUUCAUUCCAGUCAUCUUGGAAGAUAUUUGGAAAUCUUCCCACUGCAGAACUUCUGAAAGGACUGGACACUGGGUGAUAUCUAAUUACCAUCUCUCCUAUAUCUGUUAAACUUUUCAAAAACAUUGCAUUGCUUUACUGAAUUGAGAAUUUUACUUUCUUGUAUGUUACUGACAGAAUUGUAGAUUGUUUACUGUGUUGUAUGAAAGUGCUCUUAACCAAACAGCAUAGAGAGAAAGGUUGCAUGCAAGUUUGCCACCUGGGAAAGCCAUUUCUUGCCGACUGUCUCAUUAACGAUAACUUUUUUAAUAUUACAUUUUUAUAUUUUUGAAUUGUGAACCCGACUUUUACAAUUCAUAUUUGAUAAAUUAUAGCUAAUUGUAUCCAAUUGUGACCAUGGCGGCAAGCAUGGCUCUUAGUGGCAUCGGAGCACCCGCUCUCUCUGUGCCUGAAAAAACUGUGGCUCUUCAGAUUGGUACUUGUAGUCCAGCAGAAAUGUUGGACAGAGUCAGAAAGACACAGGUGUAUAUUCUUUCUGGGGUCUCUAGACAGGUUGAGAAUGAGCUGAAAGGGUUCAAGAGGUCAGUACAGAGGUUAAAUUCUAACAUGCAUUACGAGUCCUCAGUUGUUGGGAUUCAGAGGUGGAAACGUUCCAUCAAGGCUUGUUUAAUGAGAUGUCAAGGUACUUUAGUCAACUUAGAGAGGUGGAUGAAGAGGGAGAUGAACUCUUGGAGGGGUGUGUUCUCCCGUUUUGAAAAAAUGGUUAGCAAAGCUGAUCAAAACUUGUGUAGGACAUGUAAGAUGGAAGAGAAGCACAGGUGGUCUUUCUAUGGAGAAAAAAGUGAGAAAGAAAAAGAGGCCGAUGCCAAUCAGGAGAUUGUUGAUCCUUAUGCCCCCAGCCCACCAUCUUCUCCACCCCCACCUCCACCACCACUGCCAGCACAAUCUUGCCACCCACAUCACUGGGUUGUCAUCUCAGUUGAUAUCCUUUCUCCUCCUGAAUUUGAUGCUGGAAUGUCAGAGGAUCCUCGUGAGUUUAUAGUGAACUUAGAGAAGUUCUUUAAGCGUAGUGGGUGGAAUGAAAAAGUUUGGCUAUCUCAAGUAGACAACCACUUGAAAGGGGCAGCCAAGAAGUGGUGGGAAUAUAGGCAGGAGACAGUAGAAAGUUGGCAUGACUUCAAAGUUGCCUUCUUGCAAUACUGUGAAAGGAUAGUUGUUAGAGAAGCAAUCAAGAGGGACUUAGAUCUUCCUCAAAGACGUUGGGAACCUCUAGAACAAUUUGUGUGGAAGAAAAGAGCCUUGUACCAUAGACUUUAUGUUGAUGCUAAUGAGGAGGACAUGAUCCGUUACAUUAUUAGUACACUACACCCAGAGAUCAAGCGUUUCCUCAAAUCCCCACUCCCCAAGACUAUGGAUCAGCUAGUGCAAAUGGGGAAGGAAAUCCAGUUUGAUUUUGAGCAGUCAGAGAAGCAAACCCUUAAGGCAGCUUACUCAGAUGAGCAAAUUAGCACCAAGUUGAAUGUCAUUGUCACCAAGGAUCCUUAUGAUAGCAAUAGCAUAGUCACUGAGAAAUCAAGCUACAUAGAAGGAUAUUAAGCAGGAAACUUCAGUGGUUAUUUGCAGAGAAAUUAAUGCUCUUGAAUGAAAACUUUUUAGACUCUCAAGGUAAAAGUCAAUUUAGACUCGGCACUUGAGGGAAAGUUGUAGGUUUUCUGUAAGGUGUUGCUAGAAAGUCAAGGCAAUAUCUGGUAUAAGGUGGAUUUGAAAACGAGAUUUUCUCCUCAUAGAUACAAGAAAUUAUGUGAGAUCUAAGCAACUCAAACGCAAAUACAGUACACAAUGUAUAGGUUUUCUCUUGGGAACAGGACAUAUUGCCCUUCAUGUAGCUAGAACUUAAGCAGUAAUUGCUUUCUAUGACCACAUAGAGUAAAUGGAACCAUGGAAAAGUUUGUGAAUUGUCACCAGAAUCUGGUGUCACAACUUUUGUGAUGCAAAUAAAAAAAGCAAAAAAUACAAUAUCAGUAAAAAAAAAUUCAGAAGUGACGGGUGAAAUCAUUUACUCUAAGUGGGGGUGUUUAACUAGUGUUCUGCCUUCUCCCCUUUAAAUUUCAGGGGGCGGCAUAGAUAAGAAAGUUCACAAUCUGUUCAGUUUUAAGAGCAUUUUUUAAUAUUGAAUGUAAAAGAGAGAAAAAAAAAAUCCUAUUUUUAUACCAAAAUGUCAUCCAAUGAAAUGUGAUCUAUGUUGUACAUAAUGUGUACAUAUGAUUGAAUUGUAACUUUUUACCAUAAGUGUUUGUAUUCUGUUUAGAAAGCAAUAAUAUGCUUCUACGUCUGCUAAAAAGUUCAAAAGUUUGUCCUGAAUAGCAGUGACAUCUUUAUUUUUAUAACAAUUCUAAAAAGUUGUAUAUUUUUUUCUUUUUUUUUGGGGGGGGGGGGGGUAGAAUGUAGUGGUUGAAAUUGUAAAAUGAUACUUUUGGUGUUUUUGCACAUGUAACAUAUCUAUGGAAAUACAUAGUAGCAAUUUCUAAUGAACAAUAAUCUGUUGCAUCAAAGUUGCACCAAAAUUUUUGAAUGUUAUAUCUUGGUGGGACCUUCUCAAUCAUUGGACACUCAAAGACACUUGUGCAUUUCUACUUGAUGGACAUUUUCAUAUAUUGACAUCUAUCUCCUGUACGUGGAAGUGAAAAGUUUCAAUGGACAAAGUAAAAAAAAAAAAAUCAUGGACCAAACAGUCAACCAUUUCUGUACCUACAAAGUAGAUACAUAUGACCAUGAAUCAACGUUCUUGGCUAUGCCAACCAUCGCCGUUACUACGGCUGCCCUUUCACGGAACAAGGGCAGUGUGGAAUGUAGGACUUUCUCAGUCAACUUCACUCAGGAAUAUCUGUGAAAUUCUGGAUUUCUUGAAAUAGUCUUCAAACUUUUUGAAUUGUCAUGUUGGACGAUAGCUUAACAAAGUUGAACAGGCAUCAAGUCCCAAAGGCUGGUCAAAGGAUUCACGUCUGGCAAAUAUUCGAGGACUUGUGUGUUAUCAAGAAAGACAUCAUCAAAUGGUACUGCUCUUCCUAGCAUCCAUGAUAUCGGUCAUGAAGAAUACCCAAACGAGAGCCGGAAGCUCCUAUAUGCCAGACAAAAAUCAAGCCUUCAGCCGUCAUCUCUCAGCAAGUGAAUGGCAUUGUUGGCAAGACCACGCUCAUCGUCUUUCUCUUGUGUUCUGGAUCACCAGUUCAGAUGGAAACAGAUGCCAGACUUCUAAGCAGUCCUAUCCAGAAAAGAUCUUCCAACAGCUCCUUAUGGGGACUUCUAAGAUCCAGCUCAAGAAAAUCUCAUAAAACCAAACGAAAAAUCGUAGAAAAAAAAAAAAAGAGAUGAUUUCACCUAAAUGACAACUUUGUUCAUCUAAAAUACCUUCAGAUCUUCAUUACAGACAUCUAAGCCUCCAGGUCAAUAAGGCACUGCAAUCUGAUAAUGAAUCAAAGUCCACAACAACAUCCAUGGUACUUGACAAUGAUAAAAGUGACCUUAAUUUGGAAGCCUUAUCAUAGCUAAAACAAAAAGUCAAAAUACAAGAAAAUGUCACCUUUUGUAAGACUUUUUGGUCUACUAUACGUGUAUGGAACAACAGUACAUUUAUCCAAAGAGGUCUUGUAUAACAAAAAACUCAUGUUCAUGUUCACAUAACUAUUGAGUAAUAAAAUGCAAAAGAAA